AUGCUCAGAGCGAUGAGGCCGUAACACCCUAACGGAAUCUAAAAGCGAAAUUAUCAACACAAAGCCUAGCUUAAGACAAAAAAUCAGAGAAUAGCCUUUGACCCACUUAGCCUUAAGACUAAAAUGUAGGCGAUAAAGGCUAGAAAGAGUACAAAGAGUGGGAAUAAAUUCGAUUUGGAAGGUCGGAAUUUAUCAUCAACCCUAGCAAAUUUUGAAUGGGAGAAUGAGACAACGAAUAUUGUAUCAUCUGCCUCAACCACAGCUAGUGUGGCGUACAAUAUGUUUAGUUCUUGCGGCAGCCCAAUUAAUGUUGAUUCAACCUUCCUUAAGCAUAAUAAUCACCUGCUUCAGAAGCAAAAAAAAUAAUUGAGAGCGAAGCCUAUUAUUAAUUAGAGAUUAGUGAAGAAAUCUUAUUAUUAAGAAUAGGAGCUUAACGAUAUUAAUAAUUUUGAGUCAACGAUCAAAAAUAUUAAAUUUAAAAGUCAGAGUGACAAACGCAAAAAGUUAGAUUUCAAACUUUUCAUGGAAGAUUAAAACCCACAAGGAUGUGAUAAUGACGUUGAGACUGAUGAGGAAUAAGUGCUUAGAGAUAUGGGAAAUUUGAAAACAUAGUUAUUCUUAGCCAUUGAGGGUUAUGUUAAGAAGGAUCCUGUCGAAUAAAUUCAAAAUCUGGAGGAUAAUAUUGGGGGUGUUGUCCAUAGAAAACCCCAAGUAAAGCCAGAAUCGAAGCCUAAUAAAACAAGACAAAGAGGAUAUUUCAAUAGCAGCUCAUCUAAUAAAUAAUUGGACAUCUCUAUGGAGAAUUAUGAUGCUGAAGCAGACUAAUCCCAGCCUGACGACUUCUCCUCCCUAUAUUACAAAAGCUAGUACAUAAUAGGUAUAGAGUCAAGAGAUACAUAAUAAAUGGGAAUGAGCAGUGGCAGAAGGAAUACUAGAACAGCCGCCAUUAAUCAUUCAUGA